GAUGUUAGCUUGUGAUCAAUCCCGUAGCCAAUCAUAACCCUACAAUCUAACACUUAAUAAUUGACAUUGUUAGGAUCUGAGUCACUAGUGUACAUAAUAUUAAAGUAUCACAGUAUUUUUGCAUGACAACCAAAAUCUAAUUGACGCUUAGAAAUUCUUAAUUUUUUAUGGUUGUAUUGUAUUAUUUAUACUUUAGGAUAUGCGGAGCUUCACUUACUUCCGCAUUGCUGUUCCUUAGAUCAACCAAUAUAUUUCUGUGCACGCUAAAUGCGAUAACAUACAUUGUGGGUAUCAGAAUUAGAUAUCAUUACUUGAAGCUUGAAAAAGAGCAAGAAGAACGGAGAAGCGCUGCCAGAAUGCGUUUAGCCUUGGGUGCAGGCUAUAUGUUUCUGAAGUGGUUGCGUAACAAGAGUAAAGAACGCGAUUAUUGAACAUUUUUGUCAGUGGUUAUGGCUGCUACCUACUGGUCAUCUUAUGUGUUCACCUAACUUCUCUGUCAUUUAAAGUUAUGUGUAACAGUAAUCAAAACAAAACUGUUGACCGGUUAAAAUCAUCAUCUGUAAUGUAGUUUGUAUGUGUGUGUGUGUGCGGAGUUGGGGUCGGUGGGUGGUGUGUAUUGCUAAGAACUUACGUUAUCAUCAUCAAAAUGCUCUAAUUAUGAUUGUAAUCAUAAAUGUUUUGCUGUAAUUCAAAUUAUUAUCAUUAAUAAUAUUAUUAUUACUAAUUUUUUUAAAGUGAUCAUGUUUUUAUACAACUUGGUAAUAAAAUCGUUGAAAAGUGA